GGAGGAGCGGUCUUAGUGAGAGAGUCAGCAGGAGAAGCAAGAGAACGAGAGCAGAGAGGAGAGAGGAGAGAGGAGAGAGGAGAGAGGAGAGAGGAGAGAGGAGAGAGGAGAGAGGAGAGGGAGUCAACGAGCGCUAUGGUGAAAUUCCUAGAGAUUUGUAAUUCGGCGGACCAGAAUAACCUGGCCUUUGUGAUCGUGCUGAUUGGAAGCUGCCUCCUCAACCUACUUCUUAGCCUGUUCAUCUUGUUCGUCCUGUUCUGUACAGGAAGAGGAAGCAAGGCGUCGAAAUCCAGCAGCUACGUCGAGCCUGCAGCGUCCAACCCCGAGAAGAGCGACGUGAAGUCAUUCCUACAGUUUCAGCCUGUACAAGUGACAACUUCUAACGAUCUUGACGAUGGGGGAGCGAUCAAGGAUGAACUCAAGAAGAUGUCGAGGGAGAUUGCAGACCUGAGCUCCAAGAUGGAGAACAGGAGGCUGAAUGAGAUCACAGCCAGCUAUCUCCUGCACAACGCGCACGACGUGAUCGGCAACGGCGUUCCCACCUCCGCUCAGGUCACUCUAGAGCAGAUCAGCGCGCAUCAGGCUCACGUGCGGCUGCGAGUCGACGACAUCGACCGCAAGGUCGGCAAGCUCGAGUACCUCCUCGCCAAGAUCACCAGCUGAUGCAAGAGCAGCCCACCCGUGGCUUGUUUGCUCCCAUGUCGACAUGUCAACAACUAUCAGCCCUCAGUGUCUGUAGUGAUAGAGUACUUUACAGAUUUACAACUUCCACGCC